UAUAUUAUAUACACCACCCUCUCACUCAAUGCAACGAACGACUGCACCAUCAUCAUCACCCUCUCUUCUUCUUCAUUCUCUCUCAAUCAACACAACCAUUCUAUGACUCUCUGUUCUUCGUUUUCUCCAUUUUCUUCAUUUUAGUUUCGAAUUUCUCUGAUUAAUAUCACUGUUGUUCUGUUGAUUUCUCUCCAUCAACAUGGGCGUUAUCAGCCUCGAGGAGAUCAAGAACGAGAACGUCGAUCUGGAACGGAUUCCAGUGGAGGAAGUGUUUGAGCAGCUGAAAUGUUCCAAAGAAGGUCUAUCAUCCGACGAAGGAGCCAACCGGCUUCAAGUUUUUGGACCAAACAAAUUGGAAGAGAAAAGGGAGAGCAAACUUUUGAAGUUCUUGGGUUUUAUGUGGAACCCCUUAUCAUGGGUUAUGGAAGCUGCAGCUAUAAUGGCUAUUGCUUUGGCUAAUGGUGGAGGAAGGCCACCGGAUUGGCAAGAUUUCGUGGGUAUCAUUACUCUUUUGAUCAUUAACUCCACAAUCAGUUUCAUUGAGGAAAACAAUGCUGGAAAUGCUGCUGCUGCACUCAUGGCUGGGUUAGCUCCCAAAACCAAGGUUCUGAGAGAUGGGCGCUGGACUGAACAAGAUGCUGCGAUUUUGGUCCCGGGAGACAUAAUCAGCAUCAAGUUAGGAGAUAUCAUUCCUGCUGAUGCCCGUCUUCUGGAGGGUGAUGCUUUGAGUGUUGAUCAGUCUGCUUUAACCGGAGAGUCUCUACCAGCGACAAAGCAUCCCUCUGAUGAGGUGUUUUCAGGUUCAACUGUGAAGAAAGGUGAGAUAGAAGCUGUCGUGAUUGCUACUGGGGUGCACACCUUCUUUGGUAAAGCGGCUCAUCUGGUCGAUAGCACCAACCAAGUUGGGCACUUUCAGAAAGUCCUCACAGCAAUUGGUAAUUUCUGCAUUUGCUCCAUUGCUGUUGGGAUAGUCAUUGAGCUCAUAGUCAUGUACCCAAUACAACAUCGCAAGUACAGAGAUGGGAUUGACAAUCUGCUGGUUCUAUUGAUUGGAGGAAUUCCGAUUGCCAUGCCUACUGUUUUGUCUGUUACCAUGGCUAUUGGCUCUCACAGGCUUUCCCAGCAAGGUGCAAUAACAAAAAGAAUGACAGCUAUUGAGGAAAUGGCAGGGAUGGAUGUCCUCUGCAGUGACAAAACUGGGACUCUGACCCUGAAUAAGCUGAGUGUUGAUAGAAACUUGAUUGAGGUUUUUACCAAGGGUAUUGAGAAGGAGCAUGUUAUCCUUCUUGCAGCAAGAGCUUCUAGGACUGAGAAUCAGGAUGCCAUAGAUGCUGCAAUUGUGGGGAUGCUUGCUGAUCCAAAGGAGGCACGAGCUGGUGUCAGGGAGGUCCAUUUUCUCCCAUUCAAUCCUGUGGACAAGAGGACCGCUCUAACCUACAUUGAUUCUGACGGAAGUUGGCAUCGAGCUAGCAAAGGUGCUCCUGAGCAGAUAUUGAACCUAUGCAACUGCAAAGAGGAUGUCAGAAAAAGGGCUCAUAGUACUAUUGACAAGUUUGCUGAGCGUGGACUCCGUUCUUUAGGUGUUGCUAGACAGGUAGUACCUGAGAAAUCAAAAGAUGCUCCUGGUGCACCAUGGCAAUUUGUUGGUCUGCUGCCCUUGUUUGAUCCUCCUAGGCACGAUAGUGCGGAAACCAUCACAAGAGCUCUGAACCUUGGUGUGAAUGUUAAGAUGAUUACUGGGGAUCAGCUUGCCAUUGCCAAGGAAACUGGUCGAAGGCUUGGGAUGGGAACAAACAUGUACCCAUCUUCUUCAUUGCUUGGCCAAAGUAAGGAUGCUGCUGUUUCAGCUCUUCCAGUUGAUGAGUUGAUUGAGAAGGCUGAUGGGUUUGCUGGAGUAUUCCCUGAACACAAAUAUGAAAUCGUUAAGAGGCUGCAAGACAGGAAGCACAUAUGUGGAAUGACAGGUGAUGGUGUCAACGAUGCCCCUGCAUUAAAGAGAGCAGAUAUUGGAAUUGCUGUUGCAGACGCUACAGACGCUGCUAGAAGUGCUUCUGACAUUGUCCUCACUGAACCUGGGCUGAGUGUCAUUAUUAGUGCAGUGCUCACCAGCAGGGCGAUUUUCCAAAGGAUGAAAAACUACACGAUCUAUGCUGUGUCAAUCACCAUUCGUAUAGUGUUCGGUUUCAUGUUUAUUGCAUUGAUUUGGAAGUUUGAUUUUGCACCCUUCAUGGUAUUGAUAAUUGCCAUACUAAACGAUGGUACCAUUAUGACAAUAUCCAAGGAUCGAGUGAAACCAUCUCCAAUGCCCGAUAGCUGGAAGCUGAAGGAGAUAUUUGCAACCGGUGUUGUGCUAGGUAGUUACAUGGCAUUGAUGACAGUAGUAUUUUUCUGGCUCAUCAAGGACACCGAUUUCUUCCCGGACAAAUUUGGUGUCAGGUCCAUCAGAAAUAGUCCUGGAGAAAUGAUGGCAGCCCUAUACCUCCAAGUCAGUAUUAUUAGCCAGGCCCUUAUUUUUGUCACCAGGUCCCGUAGCUGGUCCUUUGUUGAAAGACCUGGUCUUCUCCUACUUGGUGCUUUCAUGAUUGCUCAGCUGGUAGCAACUUUUCUAGCUGUAUAUGCUAAUUGGAGCUUCGCAAGAAUUAAUGGAAUGGGAUGGGGUUGGGCUGGUGUAAUAUGGUUGUACACUAUAGUAACAUACAUCCCUCUUGAUUUACUCAAAUUCGCAAUCCGCUAUGCUCUGAGUGGGAAAGCUUGGGAUAAUCUUUUAGAGAACAAGACUGCCUUCACUACAAAGAAAGACUACGGAAAGGAAGAAAGAGAAGCACAGUGGGCAGCUGCUCAGAGGACUCUUCAUGGUCUUCAGCCACCGGAAACAUCCAACGUCUUCAAUGAAAAGAAUAGCUACAGGGAGCUUUCAGAGAUUGCUGAGCAAGCCAAGAGACGCGCUGAGGUUGCAAGGCUUAGGGAGCUUCAUACUCUAAAGGGACAUGUUGAGUCAGUGGUGAAGCUGAAGGGACUUGACAUUGAUACCAUCCAGCAACAUUACACGGUUUGAAGCGCUUGAGCAACCUUCAAGAAGAACCCGCUCAGUUCUUGUCCAGGAACAAGAACAACAAAUAUAAUGAUGAAGACAUAAAGUUGAUCUGUUUUUAGGUUAGCAUGAAGGUCCUUUUGUGAAAGAAAUUUGAAUGGUUACUCUUUCAUUCCCUCUAUGUCAGUAGCUGGAGGAGACACUAUUCUCUUUAGGUACCAAAUAACAUGGCUGAUAGGAUUUACUUGCGUCUUGUUUUUGGGAAUGUUAAUGACUUAAAUGUCACAUGAAAGCUCUAUAUUUUCUUUCUUGGCUGAGCAAAGCUCAACAUA